AAAAGGAUUCAAUUUCCCCCGUAAAAAUAAAAGAAACAAAACAGCUUGCUGCUGCUGUCAUGCUUAAAUAGUCCAAAGUUGUGAAAAAUGAAAGAGAUAACCGCAGAUUCAUGGUUCUACUAUGUUCUCUUUCUUCCAAGAGUUUGCUAGUUUCUAAAAGGACUCCUCUACAUGAGCUUUUUCCCUUGCAGUGGGUCUGAUUUGGUGUUUUGUUGAAGCUAUUAGGCAUGUUAUAAUCACCAUUUUCUAUGUUUUCUUUCUUCCAAGAGUUUGCUAGAUUCUAAAAGGACUCCUUUUCUACAUGAGCUUUUUCCCUUGCAAUGGGUCUGAUGUGGUGUUUUGUUGGGGCUAUUAGGCAUGUUAUAUUCACCAUUUUCUAGGGCUUUGAAAUGCUUGCUUCCUAGUUCCUACUAUCUUUUCCGAGUUCCAGAGAUUUAAAUAGCGUUCAGCGUCCGCAAUCGUGCCCGUUUUGUUUGCAAUAGCAAUAAAUGCAACGCAACCUCAAUUUAAAUCCUUGCCGAGUUAUUUUAUUUUUGGUACAAAUCAAAAUGUCGGUGCCUGGUUUCUCUUCAGAAGCUUCAAUUCUGAUUCUUUCCUCUGUUUCCUGUUAUAGUUUAUGAAUAAGUACUUUUACCUAUGUAGUUUACUUAUGAAUGAGCCAAUUGUUUCCUGAUUUCUUUGUACGAAAUGUGCACACCUUAUGUAGUUUAGCUUGUCAUUAGAUAAUCUAUGUAGAUUGUAGAUUGUAGAUUGUGAUGGCCAAAGAGUACAGUGGUUCGCCGAGGCAUCAUCGGCUUGAAGCAAAGAAGAACCGCCUCACUUGGAUUCUAGGCGUUAGUGUCCUCUGCACAUUGUUUUAUGUGUUGGGAGCUUGGCAGCGUACAUAUACUCCCACUACUACUCAAUUUAAUGCAUACUCUAGAGUUGGCUGCGAUAGUAAUGUCACUGCAUCAAACAACGGCAAUGCCGCAGCUGUUCAUCCAGUGUCAACCAGGUUGGACUUCGCAAGCCAUCAUCAAGUCGUGCUACACGGCUCCAAAGCAGUCACUCAGUUCUCACCAUGUGAUAUGUCGUUCAGUGAGUACACCCCCUGCCAGGAUAAAGCGAGGGGAAGGAAAUUCGACCGUAACAUGUUGAAAUACAGAGAGAGACAUUGUCCCACGAAGAAAGAACUUCUCUUGUGUCUUAUACCUGCACCACCACAAUAUAAGACCCCUUUCAAGUGGCCUAAGAGUCGAGAUUAUGCGUGGUACAGCAAUAUCCCCCAUAGAGAACUCAGCAUUGAGAAGGCAAUUCAGAAUUGGAUUCAAGUAGAGGGUGAUCUUUUCAGAUUCCCUGGGGGAGGCACCAUGUUUCCUCGGGGAGCUGAUGCAUAUAUCGACGACAUUAGCGAGCUCAUUCCCCUUGCCGAUGGAACUAUCAGAACAGCAGUUGAUACUGGUUGUGGGGUUGCAAGUUUCGGAGCAUAUCUCUUUAACAGGAAUAUCUUGACGAUGUCGUUUGCUCCAAGAGAUACGCACGAAGCACAGGUCCAGUUUGCGCUGGAACGUGGAGUUCCCGCAAUGAUCGGAAUCAUGGGUUCACAGAGGCUUCCGUACCCAUCAAGGGCUUUUGACUUGGCUCAUUGUUCUCGCUGUUUAAUCCCUUGGCAAAAGUAUGAUGGUUUGUAUCUAGCCGAAUUGAACCGGAUUCUAAGGCCUGGUGGUUAUUGGGUUCUCUCCGGCCCCCCUAUUCACUGGAAGAAGUUCUGGAGAGGCUGGGAAAGGACACAGGAGGAUUUGAAACAAGAGCAAGAUGCUAUCGAAGAUGUUGCCAAACGCCUAUGCUGGAAGAAAGUGAUUGAAAAGAACAAUCUAUUGGUUUGGCAAAAGCCCAUCAACCACAUUGAGUGUACCGAAAGUAAGGUCUUGAAAACACUGAACAUAUGCAAGUCGGAUGAUCCGGACACAGCUUGGUACCGGAAUCUGGAAGCUUGUGUAACUCCACUUCCAGAAGUAAGCAGUUCAGAUGAUGUAGCUGGUGGGGCAGUAGAAAAAUGGCCUGAGCGAGCAUAUUCUGUUCCUCCUAGAAUUAGCAGUGGCUCAACACCAGGCGUCACAACUGAGAAAUUUAAAGAGGACAAUAAAAUUUGGAAGGAAAGAGUAGCGCAUUACAAGCGAAUCAUUAGUCCGCUGUCCACUGGACGAUAUCGGAAUAUUAUGGACAUGAAUGCUCACCUUGGGGGAUUUGCAGCAGCUAUGUUGAAUUAUCCAGUUUGGGUCAUGAAUGUGGUCCCUGCAGAUUCAGAUCAUAACACAUUGGGAGUUAUUUACGAGCGAGGUUUCAUCGGCACUUACCAGGACUGGUGUGAGGCAUUCUCAACAUAUCCAAGAACAUAUGAUCUCAUCCAUGGUAGUGGCUUGUUUACUAUAUAUCAGGAUAGGUGCGACAUCACGUACAUCUUGCUGGAGAUAGACCGGAUUCUUAGGCCGGAAGGGACGGUUAUAUUUAGGGACACAGUGGAACUGCUGGUGAAGAUUAAGAGUAUAACAGAUGGAAUGAGAUGGAAGAGUCAGAUCAUGGACCAUGAAAGUGGACCCUUCAAUCCAGAGAAAAUUCUUGUUGCUGUCAAAACAUACUGGACUGGUGAAGCAACACCAAAACAAACCUGAACUCUUCCUUUGUCCCAUUUUUUCAUCUUGGGAAACAUCUUUUCCCUUUCAAAAACUAAAAGGGCAUGUUUUUAUUGGACUGUAAAACCAAGCAUUCUAUUUGUACUACAACUAUUGAUGAUAGUUUGAUUAGCAAAACAGAUAAUGUCCACUCUGCAUUAAUUGAAAAGUAAGCUCUAUCCAGUUGCCUCUACAGUUUAA